GGCGCGAGGAACCGUUAAGAUAGACAACGAAUACAACCAAUGAGGUACUCUGACUAGGUCGUUGGGAGUCCAAUAACAGCGGCUGGGCGGGCGCCUUUCCGGAGCGCCGGGAGAUGUAAAGACGGGCAAAUAGUUUUCCCAAUCAGACUGUAGCAGAGACGAGCUAAUUGACCAAUGAAGACCGCGGGGAGGGAGCCUUUGCCGCGGCGGAGUCCAAGAUGGCGGCGUGCGGUUCCGCUGUGUGAAACGAGCGCGGGUCGGCGGGUUGGCAAGCUCCGCGGAGACGACCUCCGGCGGCCCGCAACGAUGAAGGGAAAAGAGCGCUCGCCGGUCAAGGCCAAACGCUCCCGCGGUGGUGAGGACUCGACUUCGCGCGGGGAGCGGAGCAAAAAGUUAGGUGGCUCUGGGGGCAGCAAUGGGAGCAGCAGCGGAAAGGUGGAGAGCGGCGGUGGGUCGCGGCGGAGCCUGCAUCUGGACAAGUCCAGCAGUCGAGGUGGCAGCCGCGAGUACGACACUGGCGGGGGCAGCUCCAGCAGCCGCCUGCACAGUUACAGCUCCCCAAGCACCAAAAAUUCCUCGGGCGGGGGCGAGUCGCGCGGCAGCUCUCGGGGUGGAGGCGGAGAGUCACGCUCCUCGGGGGCCGCCUCGUCAGCUCCGGGCGGCGGGGACAGCGGGGAGUACAAGACCCUGAAGAUAAGCGAGUUGGGGUCCCAGCUGAGCGACGAAGCGGUGGAGGACGGACUGUUUCACGAGUUCAAACGCUUCGGGGACGUGAGUGUCAAAAUCAGUCAUCUCUCGGGCUCUGGCAGCGGGGAUGAGCGGGUAGCCUUUGUGAACUUCCGGCGGGCAGAGGACGCGCGGGCGGCCAAGCAUGCCAGAGGCCGCCUGGUGCUCUACGACCGGCCUCUGAAGAUCGAGGCUGUGUAUGUGAGCCGGCGCCGCAGCCGCUCCCCUUUAGACAAAGAUUCCUACCCUCCAUCGGCCAGCGUGGUGGGGUCCUCAGUAGGGGGCCACCGGCAUCCGGCUGGAGGAGGUGGAGGCCAGAGAUCGCUUUCUCCUGGAGGCGCCGCCUUGGGAUACAGAGACUACCGCUUGCAGCAAUUGGCUCUUGGCCGUCUGCCCCCUCCGCCCCCUCCUCCACUGCCCCGAGAGCUGGAGCGAGACCGAGAUUAUUCAUUCUAUGAUAGAGUGCGCCCAGCGUACAGUCUUGAACCAAGGGUGGGAGCUGGAGCCGGCGCUGCUCCUUUCAGAGAAGUGGACGAGAUUUCCCCAGAGGAUGAUCAGCGAGCUAAUCGGACGCUUUUCUUGGGCAACCUAGACAUCACUGUGACAGAGAGUGAUCUGAGAAGGGCUUUUGAUCGCUUUGGCGUCAUCACCGAAAUAGACAUUAAACGCCCUUCACGUGGUCAAACCAGUACCUAUGGCUUUCUCAAAUUUGAGAAUCUGGACAUGUCUAACCGAGCCAAACUAGCAAUGUCCGGCAAAAUUAUAAUUCGGAAUCCUAUCAAAAUUGGUUAUGGUAAAGCUACACCCACUACUCGCCUCUGGGUAGGUGGCCUGGGACCUUGGGUGCCUCUUGCCGCCCUGGCACGAGAAUUUGACCGGUUUGGCACCAUUCGCACUAUAGAUUACCGCAAAGGUGACAGUUGGGCGUAUAUCCAGUAUGAAAGCCUAGAUGCAGCUCAUGCUGCGUGGACCCAUAUGCGAGGCUUCCCACUUGGUGGCCCAGAUCGUCGCCUUAGAGUAGAUUUUGCAGACACUGAACAUCGUUACCAACAACAAUAUCUGCAACCUCUGCCUCUGACUCAUUAUGAACUGGUGACAGAUGCUUUUGCACACCGGGCACCUGACCCUUUGAGGGAUGCUCGGGAUAGGACACCACCUUUACUAUACAGAGAUCGGGAUAGGGACCUUUAUCCUGACUCUGAUUGGGUGGCACCCCCACCCCCAGUCAGAGAGCGUAGUACUCGGACUGCAGCUACUGCUGUGCCUGCUUAUGAGACACUGGAUAGCUUGGAUCGAAGGCGGGAUGGCUGGUCCUUGGAUCGAGACAGAGGUGAUAGAGAUCUUCCCAGCAGCAGAGACCAGCCUAGGAAGCGAAGGCUGCCUGAUGAGAGUGGGGGAAGACAUCUGGAUAGGUCCCCCGAGAGUGACCGCCCUCGGAAACGUCACUGUGCACCUUCUCCUGACCGCAGUCCAGAGUUGAGCAGUAGCCGGGAUCGCUAUAACAGCGACAAUGAUCGUUCUUCUCGUCUUCUCUUGGAUUCAAGGCCUUCUCCAAUCAUAGACAGACGAGGUAGUUUGGAGAAGAACCAAGGUGACAAGCGAGACCGUAAAAACUCUGCAUCAACUGAACGAGAUAGAAAGCACCGGACAGCUGCUCCCACUGAGGGAAAGAGUCCUCUGAAAAAAGAAGACCGGUCGGAAGGGAGUACACCUAGCACCAGCACUACUUCACUGAAGCUGAAACCUCCUUCUCAGAAACAAGACGGUGGGACAGCCCCUGCAGCUGCAGCCUCUCCCAAACUCUGUUUGGCCUGGCAAGGCAUGCUUCUACUGAAGAACAGCAACUUUCCUUCCAACAUGCAUCUGUUGCAGGGUGACCUCCAAGUGGCUAGUAGUCUUCUUGUGGAGGGCACAACGGGAGGCAAAGUGGCCCAGCUCAAGAUCACUCAGCGUCUCCGUCUGGACCAGCCCAAGUUGGAUGAAGUAACUCGGCGCAUUAAAGUUGCAGGGCCCAAUGGUUAUGCCAUUCUUCUGGCUGUGCCUGGAAGUUCUGACAGCCGGUCCUCCUCUUCAUCCACAUCAGACACUGCCACUUCUACUCAGAGGCCACUUAGGAACCUUGUGUCCUAUUUAAAGCAAAAGCAGGCCGCCGGUGUCAUCAGCCUCCCCGUGGGGGGCAAUAAAGACAAGGAGAACUCUGGGGUUCUUCAUGCGUUCCCACCCUGUGAGUUCUCCCAGCAGUUCCUGGAUUCCCCCGCCAAGGCACUGGCCAAAUCCGAAGAAGAUUACCUGGUCAUGAUCAUUGUUCGUGCAAAACUGGUGAACAGCGGAUGAAGAUAUGGAAUUCAAAGCUCUAAUGGACCUUUUUGAAGAGAAGUUGUGGCUUAUGUGGAGUUUACAUGGGCCUCUUGAUGGAAGACAGCUAAUCUGUUUAGUAUUUGUGCAUUUUACUAAAAUGGCAGCUUAAAGUUGUGUAUCUGCUAUUGUGAUGCCAAUGCCGGUGUUUUAAGUGGAAAAAAAAUGACCUCUUUGCUUUGUGCUGUGUACACAAGAUUUCUGGAAAAGUAAAGAAAAACCCUUUUUAUGGCUCACACAGCUUAAAAGUAGCUGUCACUCAAACAUGCGCUCACAGUUGAGCUGCUUUUGUUUUAUUCUAAAUAAAUUGUUUCUUUUGAGGAAAAUGUUUUUCUGCCUGGAAGUGAAUUCACGGCAAACCUUUGACCCCUUUGUUUGCAGCUGAGGGGGUACUUGCUGCUGCUCAGAUCUUGUGUGUCUUGAGCAAGAAGCAGGGCGACCAUCAAUUUCACUUUGACUAUCACGGUGUGUCAAUUCUGGAGGAUCACUAGUGUUACUGGGACCCCCUUUGUUUGCGGUGAAGGGGAUUGUUUGCUUCUCGGUCCUCAACUCGAUGAGGAAACGGUGCUGUUUGCUGGCAUGCAAGAAGCCGGGGCAAGCACCCUAAGCCUCACCACAGUGCACAAGUCGGGGGCUUUGCUGGUUUGAAGAGCCGGAGUUGCCGAAAUUUAAGUUUUGAUUUAUUUUGUUCACCCAUCACGUUUGGCCUUAGUUUCAUUUUUAAUUUGAAGAAAAGUGUGAAAUUGCUUUAUCUUGCACUUAACAUUUGAACCAAAUUGCCAAAAAGAAAGAGAAAUGCUCCGUUUGCUUUUUAAAUGUUAAUGAUGGUGUUAAUAAAGCCUUUCCUGACACACUGAGGAGCUCCUCCGUCUCCAGGGGCUUCUCACCACUUAUGCAGUGAUGGGUUUAGUUCUGAAUGGAUGAAGAGUUCCUGAGAGCUAGCGUUUGUAAUUAGAACCGUUACUUGGUAUCUGUGCCUUAUUUGACCUGUGGUUCCACAUGCCUUGGAUGCGCAUGCACCGUGACGGUUUCCUAGGUACGAACGCACACUCAGGCCCGGUCACUUCGGUUGGUAGUACAGAUUGUGAGGAAAAAAUGGAGGCGUCCUUAAGGAGGAAAAAGUAUUUGCCUUUAGUUCCUGCAUUAUCCUGUACUCGGGCUCCUGAGCUUUGGAAGCCUGUUCCCAGUACAGGAGAACAACUCCCCUGCUGGCAGCAGGAGACUUCGGUGCUCAGUGACAACGCUGGAGUUCAAGAGGAAACCAGCAAUGCUGCUGCACCAUUGGCUUCAGACACCAUUGUUGUUGUUUGCCAGUUUUAAACGUAGUUGCAGACGAAGACCACCUUGAAAUGCAGGCUUGUUGGGCUUGUUUUGAAUUGUACCUCGGAUGGAAGAGCCCUAGUGCUGUCUAUCUCCAUGCAGGAUGAUGAUGGCUAGGCAACAGGUGAUUAUCAACAAAGGAUGCCACGGUUAAACUCUGCAAGGUGGUGUUCCAGUGGCAAACAGCUGUGUAAACUCUUGUAAACAGGAACUACUGACAAUCAAAAAACCUAUAGCCGACUUUGGGAUCUGGCUUUAUUAUUCUGCACCUAAAAGAUGAGUUCUAAUUGGCAGACUUCUGGCAUUGGCACUUGCCCUCCUGUUUCUAUAGAAACUGGGUUGGAAGUCAGAGCUGCACAAAGGGAAAGGUGGCUCCAGAUACCCUCUCCACAAAGACUGUGACAUUCGGCCCAGUGAAUGUUCUUCUACCCUUGGUCCAGACCAGAGGGACCGCCGUCCUUUGAAAAUAAGCGGUGUUGGGUUGCUGUGCAGCACGUCAGAACUCGUACCAUACAAGUGACUUCUGUUAGACCUCUCAUCUGGGUUCCUCCUCUGUGCCCCCCAAGGUCAGAUGAAUAAAUGGACAGGAUAUAAAGACAGUUUCUGAUACAGUAUUGAGCAUGAUGCUUUUUUUUUUUUUUCAUUGCGAUUUUAAUGUAAAAUAGUAUUUGCUUUUGAGGAGAUUGUUACUGAUGCUUGUUUCUGCCAAAUGUUUUAACAGUGUUACGACUUUCUACUCAGGUUGCCAUCAGAGAGCAUGGCAAAGAAGAUGGAAUAGGUCAUAAGUAGUGGAAGUGUGGUGGCUAACGAAACCAGCAGGUUAGUGGUGCUGCAGAAGAUGAGGUAAGACUUGUAAUGAUACUUCUUCUCUCAGGUGUGAUGGUCCCAUCCAGAGAUAAUCUGACCAGCUCUCCAAGUGAUACUCAGAGCAAUAUUGGGAACAGAUCUUGUGAAUUCCUCAUUUUAUGUCCCAAGUCCCUUAGGAGAAUGUGAACGCAUGAAGUGUCUUUUCAUAAGUAUUACAGUCAUAUACUGAAGCCAAGGAUGUGUGUGCUUGUGUGUAGUGGGGGUGUUGGUUUCCAAACAGGCUAGUCCAUCAGUAACGUCUCGUUUACUUACCUAGUUUGCACUCUCUGAAGUUGAAUAGAAGACCCAUCAAGUUAGUGAUUGUAUUUGAGAAGCUUAUACCACCAACUGGGAUUCCCUGGAAACUAGAGUAAUCCCUGUCCUCUAAAGGCCCUAUAGGAGGUGCGCUUUCUCAAAGACUGGCCGACCCAUCAGGCCUGUUUCCUGGGAAGUCAUGUCCAUGAAAAUUAGAACAUAAAUAAUAAAGUUCUGUUGGAAAACAGCAA